UGUGGCAUUUGCCAUCAGACAUGUGUCCCCCAGCAGUGAGCCAGAGCCUUCGGAUUAGCCCCAUAGCAUUUGCCGUCAUCAGACAUGUGUCCCCCAGCAGUGAGUCAGUGCCAUCAGACUCGAGAUCAACCCCAUGUGUGGAAUACCAAGAUAGCCAAAAACUGCGCCCUCCUCCACAAACGGCCAGUCAGUCUAGUGGAAAUAAAAAAGGUGGCCCUGCCCCUGCCCACCAGCAGACCGAUAUUGUGAAAGCAUUUUGCAAAGGCACUCCGUAUGACAAAAAAAAUGGGCGGUGGAUUGAGAUUACAAAUGCCAUUACCCUAUACCUGUGUAAGGACAUGGUGCCGUUUCUUACAGUGGAGAAAAGCGGCUUUCAGAACAUGAUUAAGACACUCGAUCCAUGUUACGAGGUACCUAGCCGCAAAUACUUUAGCCAAACUGAAGUGCCCAAACUGUAUGACAAAGUCCGCGAGCAAGUAAAGAACGAACUCCGGAGCAUAAAAUACUAUGCAACUACUACGGACUUGUGGUCAAGUCGCACAAUGGAGCCUUACAUUAGUCUCACAAUCCAUUUCAUCAAUGAAGAGGGGAAGUUGUGCAGCAGAUGCCUACAGACAUCUUAUUUUCCUGAGGAUCAUACAGGUGAACUGAUAUCUCAGGGAUUGAAGGAAGCGCUCGAGUCAUGGGGACUUAAAGAAGAGUUACAAGUCUGCAUAACCACCGACAAUGGCGCAAAUAUUGUGAAAGCAGUGGAAAUUAACGGCUGGACAAGACUGCAGUGCUUUGGUCACAGGCUCCACCUCGCCAUAGAGAGAAGUGUGAAAGACGCCCGUGUUGAACAUGCAAUUGGCAAAUGCAAGAAAAUAGUGAGUGAAGAGAGAAAUGGCUAA